AUGGACGGCGCCCGCGACAAGGUGCACGCCUCGGCGGCCAGCGCCGCCACGCCCCGCGGGCCUGCGGCGCGCGCGGCGAGGACCGACACGACGGCGGCAAGCACAGCUCAGGGAGGCGCUGCCGCAAGGCGCCCGGGCGCCAGCGCGGACCUGCCCGAGGUCGAGGCGCCGCAGCAGGAGGACAGCGACGACGCCCCCCUCGCCGGGCGUGCGGUGCGCGCCCGCCGCAGGCGUCGCAUAGGUGCCAAGAGUGCAGCUGCGACGGGCGCCGCCGCCCCGGGCGGAGCCGCCGCGCGCGCGGCUCCAAGGGACGCCGCGACGGCGGGCGCCGGGGGCGCCGCGGCGGCCGUGGGGCCUGCGGCCGACGUGGCUCUGCGGCGGCGCGUCGAGGACUUAUUGCGCCGUGCCCUCUCGGUGUCGGCGCAAGCGGCACCCAUGGAGGACGAAGAGGCGGCGGCGGCGGGGGCGGCGCGCCGCUUGGAGGAGGCCCUCGUGGAGGCCAGCGAGGGCAACGAGCGCGACUACAAGACGCGGGCGCGAGGCCUCGCCUUCAAUCUCCGCCAGAACGAGGAGCUGAGGGGGAGCCUCAUAUCCGGCGGCGCCACAGCCGAGAAGGUCGUGGGGCUGCACUCCUGGGACAUGGCGAGAGAGGAGGUGAAAGAGGAGCGCCGGCAGGAGCUCGACAAGUACUUCCGGGAGGAGAUCCUCUCGCUCAACGACCCGGGGCUCGGCUGGCGCCCGCAGCCCGGAGCGGAGGCGCGCGAGCCGCCCCGCGCGGAGGCGCGCGGGGCCGACCCGCAGCCACCACGUCCUCGGAGGGCAGCGAAUUGUUCGAAGGCCCCCGGCGGCGAGGGCGACGCCGAGGCGCACCGCGGCGCCGCGGCGCAGACCGCCGCGAUGCCCCUGGGGGCCACGCUGCAGCCCCUGACGUCAGGCCAGCUGGUGCGGGUAUGUGGGCUCGCCUCCACGUCGGAGUACAACGGCAAGGUCGGUAGACUCUUGGGCUACCAGAAGAGAAGUGGACUUUGCGAGGUGCUCAUUGGGACUGAGCGCAAGAGCGUCAAGCCAAUGAACCUGGCCCCCGCCGGCUGA